AUGGAAGGGAUUGGAAACCCCAAUCUGGGCACAACUUUGGGCCCAUCUCCUCGCAAUGGUGGGACUAAUCAGGUUGAUCUGGAUCAACAUAAGGUUGGCCAGGAAGCAGAACACGCCCGUACAUGUUUUGGGCUGGGCGGGCUUGUCAUGACUGUUAGCACUUCAAUUUUGAAUCUGCAAGUCUUUUGGGACACCGGCAUUUUCAAUUUCUUCAAUAGCGGGAACGAAUUCGAAUAUUCGACAGACUUAUCAAAAAUGCAACAGACAUCAGGGAGAAGUAAAGGAAAGGUGCGAUGGACCAAGCUGUAUUCGUUUUCCUGUUUGCGGCCCACUGUCAGCUUGCAAGAUUCUUCUACUCAGCAGUUUGGCGGGCCAGGUUUUAGUCGGGUGGUUUUCUGUAAUCAAUCUCAUUUUCAUAAGAAGAGCCCGUUCAAAUAUCCGAGUAACUAUAUUUCAAUGACGAAGUACAAUGUCAUUACAUUCCUUCCAAAAGCGCUGUUUGAGCAGUUUCGUAGAGUUGCCAACCUCUAUUUUCUUUUGGCCGCAGCACUGUCGACGACUUCAGUGGGUCCCUUUUUGCCGAUGAGUGUCAUCGCACCAUUAGUAUUCGUUGUGGGCCUUAGCAUGGCUAAGGAGGCUAUGGAGGACUGGCACAGAUUUGUACAGGAUUUGAAAGUGAAUUCUCGAACUGUGAAGGUUCAUGUAGGAAAUGGUGAUUUCAAAGACAAGCCAUGGAAGGGACUUCAUGUGGGAGAUGUUGUCAAAGUCAUGAAAAAUGAGUACUUCCCGAGUGAUCUCCUUUUGCUAUCUUCUAGUUAUGACGACGGACUUUGUUACGUCGAGACCAUGAAUCUCGAUGGAGAAACAAAUCUAAAACUCAAAAGAUGCUUGGAAGUGACGCUCGGUUUGGAUCACGACGUGGAAUUCAGUAGCUUCAAUGCUAAGAUCUGCUGCGAAGAUCCCAAUCCGAACCUUUAUUCCUUUGUCGGGAAUGUGGAGUUUGAAGAUCAGGUGUAUGCUUUGAGCCCUGCUCAAAUUCUCCUCCGAGAUUCGAAGCUUCGGAAUACUGAGUAUGUUUUUGGGGUUGUCAUUUUCAGUGGCCCUGAUACAAAGGUAGUGCAAAAUUCGACAAGAUCACCUUCGAAAAGAAGCUGCAUUGAGAGAAAGAUGGACUUUGUAAUCUAUGUGCUUUUCAGUAUGCUCGUUUUGAUCUCGCUCGUCAGUGCCAUCGGAUCUUCCUUGUAUACGAAAUUUGAAAUGGUGGAUUGGUGGUAUCUUUGUCUGACUGAUAACGAGCACCAAGAUCCAUUCUUCAACCCGAACAAGGCCGAAUGGUCCGGUAUCCUGCAAUUCAUAAGAUCGCUGAUUCUCUAUGGUUAUUUGAUCCCGAUAUCUCUCUACGUCUCGAUUGAAGUUGUCAAGGUAUCACAAGCAUUGCUCAUCAACUGGGAUGUGAAAAUGUACGAUGAUGAGACGAGCAGCUCAGCCAAGGCUAGAACUUCGAAUUUGAAUGAAGAGCUUGGUCAGGUCGAAAUGAUCCUGACUGAUAAAACUGGUACACUUACGUGUAAUCAGAUGGAAUUCAGGAAAUGCUCGGUCGCUGGGAUUUCAUAUGGUGGCGAAGUGAAUGAAGUUGACCUUGCCGCAUCGAAAAGGAUGAAUGCUGACCUUGAAAAUUACAAUUUUAGCAUCAACGGGUCUGAUUCUAUGAGCCAAAGCCUUGAUGUGUUCAAAUUCUCUGUCACUGAUUUCAGCACCCAAAAGGCCGUGUUUUUUAAAGAAGACGUUGGGAAUUCGAAUAUUGGUAAUGCGAACAAUGGCCGCUUGGGAAGAGAAUCUAUAAUCAAAGGUUUCAAUUUCAGGGAUGAUCGGCUACUGAACAAGGACUGGAUAAGGACUUCUCAAGUUUCGGACGUUGCUAUGUUCUUUCGGAUAUUGGCCUUGUGUCAUACUGGCAUACCAGUUGAAGAUGGAAAAACAGGACAGCUGAAAUACGAAGCGGAAUCACCUGAAGAGGUGUCUUUUCUGAUUGCUGCUCAAGAGUUUGGAUUCAAAUUCUGCAGAAGAACUCAGUCCGUCAUGGUUCUUAAGGAACUCAAUCCUUCUUCUGGGGUGGAGGUGGAGAGGGAAUACAAGCUUCUAAAUCUACUUGAAUUUAGUAGUUCUCGGAAACGAAUGUCGGUCAUAGUACGUGAUGAAGCUGGCCAAAUCUUCCUUCUAUGCAAAGGUGCUGACAGCAUUAUCUUUGAUAGGCUUGGGGUCAAUGGUAAGCAGUAUCAGCAGGCAACAAGCUCGCAUCUUUCAGAUUAUGCAGAAGACGGUCUGAGAACACUAGCACUUGCAUAUCGAAGGAUCGAACCAGCCGAAUAUGAGAAUUGGAAUUUGAUAUUUACACGAUCUAAGACUACAAUUGGUCCUGAAAGAGAGAAAUUGUUAGAGAGGGCGUCGGAAAUGAUUGAAAGAGAUUUGAUUCUUUUAGGAGCAGCUGCAGUUGAAGACAAGCUACAGAAAGGGGUUCCUGAAUGCAUCGAUAAGCUUGCACAAGCAGGCCUAAAGAUAUGGUUACUCACUGGCGAUAAGAAAGAGACUGCAAUUAAUAUCGGAUUCGCUUGCAGUUUGCUUCGACAUGAUAUGCAACAGUUCAAUCUGAGUUUGAACGAAGCAAAAGAAGGAAAGAGCAAUGAGAAGGCUUUGAAGGAAGACAUUUUGCUUCAAAUUGAGACUGCUUAUCAAGUGACAUGCAAUGAAGGCAACAGCAACAAACCAUUUGCUUUGGUGGUUGAUGGGAAAGCUCUUGAACUCGCUCUGCAGACCGAUGUGAAAUGCCAGUUCUUACGCUUGGCCGUGAAUUGCGCUUCUGUUAUAUGCUGUCGAGUGUCUCCCAAACAAAAAGCAUUGGUUACAACAUUGGUGAAGGACUAUACCAGAAAGACUACCUUAGCAAUUGGAGAUGGCGCGAAUGAUGUUGGGAUGAUUCAAGCUGCAGAUAUUGGCGUUGGAAUCAGCGGUAUGGAAGGAAUGCAGGCAGUCAUGGCGAGCGACUUUUCAUUGCCACAGUUCCGUUUUUUGGAGCGCUUACUUAUAGUGCAUGGACAUUGGUGUUAUAAGAGAAUUUCCAAGAUGGUACUUUAUUUUGUGUACAAGAACGUCACUUUCGGUCUUACACUGUUUUACUAUGAAUUGUAUUCAAGUUUCUCUGGGGAAAUUCCAUAUAAUGAUUGGUAUAUGGCAUUGUUCAAUGUCAUUUUAACAUCUCUGCCAGUUAUAUCGUUGGGAGUUCUUGAGCAGGAUGUUUCUUCUGAUGUAUGCCUUCAGUUCCCAGCACUCUAUCAGCAGGGGCAAAAGAACAUCUACUUCAGUUGGAUCCGCAUCAUUGGUUGGAUCAUGAAUGGAGUGUUUGCUUCUCUUGCCAUCUUCAUCUUAACCAUCCAUCUUGUAUCGCCUUCUGCUUUUCAAUCCACUGGAGAGGUGAUGGACAUCGCGCAUCUUGGAGCAACCAUGUACACAAUCGUGAUCUGGACCGUUAACUGCCAGAUCGCGCUCAUCAUCAACCACUUCACUUGGAUACAACAUCUCUUCAUAUGGGGUAGCAUCUCAUUCUGGUAUAUCUUCUUGUUCAUAUAUGGUGCGCUCCCAUUGGAGUAUUCACAUCAAGCGUUCCGCCUACUUUCGGAAGCUUUGGGGCCCGCUCCAACAUACUGGUUGGCCACACUUGUAGUAGUGACCGUUGCGAUUCUUCCGUACUUUGUGUUCAUUGUCUUUCAAAGGACACUCAAUCCAAUGGAUGAUCAUGUGAUCCAAGAAAUCAAGUACUGUGGGACAGAUGUUACAGACAGUUCCAUGUGGUUAAGGGAACAGAAAAACUCCAAGAAGAACACCCACAUUGGAAUUACUUCGAGGGUGGACGCAAAAAUCCGGCAUUGGAAGGAGCAGUUGCAGAACAAGAAACAAGCUAUAAGUAAAUCAUUAACAAACAGCCCAUUUUUCUAGUUCAUGAUCAACUAUCCUCUAAAUUUGGGUCUAUCCAUUUUGUCUUUGUCAUUCCUAAUGUGUAAAAACAAUCUCAAUUGUACGUGGUGCUUGUCUACGGUGAUUGCGAUCAUUAAUUUGGUGGUCCACCAUGUCGUGGCCAUGAAAAGGAUGGUUGAAAUGGACAGCUGAACACGUUCAAUCGAAUCUUAUUUUUUGAACUAUAGCUGAUUCAAAGUUGCCCCACCAUAUCAGCUGUCCUGAUCACAUAUGGUUGUAAUGUGUAUAGUGGGGAAGGUGGUUUGAUGUAAUACGCAUCGUAACAGCGUUUUUCUUCUCCAUUUGUUGUAUUCUUUCAUUUAUAUGGAUUUAAAUGCCACUGUCGGAACUGCUCUGAUCGAAAG